AUGGCGAAACUUGAAAAGGCAUAUUGGAAUUGUGAAGCCUUUUCUAAGAUGCUUAACCUGAAAUUUCUUGAAUUUGAUAAUGUGAUGAUCUCUUCAAGCCCCAAAUUUCUUCCUAAUUCCUUAAGAAGUAUCAAAUGGAGUCAGUAUCCUUCCGAAUUUCUCCCAUCAGGUUUUCAACCAAAUUUCCUAAUUGCACUUGAGAUGAGUAACAGCAAACUUGUUCGGCUUUGGGAUGGAAGAAAGGACUUGCCCAACUUGAAAAUUUUCAACCUUCGUGGCUCUGAAAACUUGACCACAACCCCAGAUUUCUUUGGCAUUCCGAAUCUUCAGGUGUUGGAUUUUCAAUCGUGUAAGAAUUUGGUUGAGAUUCACCCGUCAAUUGCAGAUCUCAAAUGUCUUAAAAGGUUGGAUCUUGGUUUUUGCUCAAAAUUGAAAAAGAUUCCAGAAUUUUCAGGGCAAAUGAAAAAUGUGUUAUCACUUAAUUUAAUUAAGACGUCCAUUGAGAAAUUAUCUUCAUCAAUAGGAUGUCUGGUUGGCCUUACUCAUCUGUAUCUAUUGAAUUGCAAAAAUCUCACGGGUCUUCCGAAUGAAAUUUGUAAUUUGAAGUCUCUUGAAAAACUGAAUGUGGAUGGAUGCUCAAAAAUUGAGGAACUCCCAGAGAACAUGGGGGAGAUGGAGUCUCUUACAUACCUUCGAUUGUGUGGAACUUCUAUAAGACAGCUGCCACGAUCCGUUUAUGGUUUGAAAAAACUUUAUUGUCUAUUCUUACGUGGAAUUGGAUCACAGCCUAGUAAAUCAAGGUUUUGGUGGGGCCUUCCCUGCUUAUAUCAAAGAAAUGCUAUUGUGUUGGGUUCGCUUGAUGGUUUAUGCUCUUUGGGGAAAUUGGAUCUGAGUGAUUGUGGACUUUGUGAAGGGGAUCUUCCCAACGAUAUUGGCUGCUUGUCCUAUUUAGAAGAAUUAAAACUUAGUGGAAACAAUUUUGUUAGCCUUCCUGCAAGCAUUGGAUGUCUUUCUAAGCUUAAGUUAUUUAGGGUGAAGCGGUGCCGAAAGCUUCAACAAUUGCCAGAUCUUUCUAAGCUUAUCUCAUUAGUAUAUAUAGACAUAGCCGGUUGCACUUCCUUAAAAAUGUUACCACAUCUUUCGUCAAAUUGGUCAUUAGUGGAUAUAAACAACAAAAUACGUUUUUACUUUUAUAUUAAUUGUGCCAAUUGCUUUGUAUUGGUGGACAACGAAGGCUGCGAUAGUAUACUACUGAAAAUGCUGCAGCGAUACCUUCAGCUAAUCCCUAGGCCUGAUUUCCAAUACCAAUUCGAAAUUGUAACUCCUGGAAGUAAAAUUCCAGAGUGGUUCAGUAAUCAAAGUUUGGGAGAUUCCCUAACUGUGGAGCUUCCUCUGGAUUCAUGUACCACAUGGGUGGGAAUUGCUUUAUGUUCUGUGUUUGAAGUUCAGGGUGAUCUUUCUGAAUUUCAUUAUUUACAAAUUAGUUGUUCCCAACAAGGAAUGCUGCCAUUUGGAUCUUCAAGAUAUUUUAAAAUAAGCGAUGUUGUGUCAGAUCAUCUUUGGGUAAUUUAUGUAUCUCGUGAAAAAUUUGUGAAGAAACACGGUCAGAUAAAGGCUUUGUCAACUUAUUAUUUUAAAGAGAAAAUGAGGGUACCCGAAAAAUCUCGCGUGAGUGUGAAGAAGUGUGCGUUUCGUUUGGUGCACGAGCAAGAUGUGGAACAACCCAAACAGAUCAUGAUGAACAAAUCCAUCAUCAAGAGCACUACUGCUUGUGCUACCAAAUCAGCUGACGCACAAGGUCAACAACGCCACGAUGACCAGGAGGCUUGUCCUAGUGGAAGUGGUAGCUCUCACCAAAAAUCUCCCUUCUGCAAUACCUAUGCUCUUUCCAAAGAGGCAGACCAAGAUGAAUUAAAUGAUGAUGAUGAUGUUGUUGAUGAAGCUCGAACCAGAAAAAGAAAAAAGAUCGAUGUGUUUAGGACUGACCUAUGAUUCGUCACUUUCAAAGCAAGAGGCAUCACAGCUGCUGCAUUUCAAUUCAAUGAUGGAAUAAGCCAACAAGAAUUCUCAAUCAAACGCGUAAAUGUUUGCAUUGAAUCGAUUUAAAACCGACCAAUUGUGUGGUCGGAACUCCUCCCCUGUCUGCUUCAUUGAUCAUCUUUUUGAUAGUUUGUGCAAUCUUUUUCAAUUAUGCAUCUUCUCUUAUUUAGCUUCUCUCAAUUUUAAAUUAUUCAAGACUGGAGUUCUGCGAGUCUCAUUAAGAUCAUAGUAAUUUUGAGCAGAAUUUGGGAGAGCUAGUUCUAUUUUGAAUUAAACUACAGUAACUUUUUAUUUGGAGAUUGAUGAUGUAUGAAUGAGGUGUCAAUCUAGUCAGAAUGUGCUCACAUUUCCACAAAAACAGAGGAUAUAGUCUUUAUAUUAAUA